CACUAGGGUUUUUUCCUUACGUUACAAUCCAGUUAAAAUUAGCUCCAAGAACCAUUUAAAAACCACAUGCUCUGGUCAGAUCAGACACAAUUUACCUCAGCAUGGACGCGAUGAGAGAAACUAUAAUCGACAAGAUCGAAUCGUAUUGCUCUGGAGAUUCUCUAUGGAUUUUGUGUUCUGGACUCAUCUUGCUUUCAAUCCUGGGAUGCUUGGAAACAAUUUAUGUGAAUUCUCUCAAUGAUGCAGUUCGACAACCGGAAUUUAUGUCCUCCAUACUUACUGGAAUAACACUGAUUGUGGCCAAUCACAUCAUGUGGACAGAACGCCAACAAAAAAUAAGAUCCUCUGGAUUUCUACUUACCUACUGGUUCCUGAUGUUUGUCAGCUUUUCUUUGACACUUCAGUCCCGAGUCAGAUCCCUCCUCAAACAGGAUGAGAUGAUUGUGGAUACGAGGUUUUGUGUCCUAUCAAUUCAGACUCUUCUAAGCAUUGCUAAUCUGAUUGUGACCGCACUAUUUAUAGACAGUUUUCCUGAAGAUGAAUACAAGAAACCGUGCGUUGAGAACAGUACAUCUCUGUCCACUCUUACAUUUUCUUGGUUUACUGGCGUCGUGCGAGAAGCUUACAAGAGACCAUUGAAGGCAGAAGACAUGUUAGAACUCCAAGAAAACUUGAAGUCGGAAUCAACUGUUCCUGUAUUUGAGAAAGCCUGGCAUAACGAAAUCAAUACCCUUAAGGGGCAAAUGAUUGAUUUUGCUGAGGACAGAAAUGAUUUACUUUGGCAUGGAAUUUUAUUUGCCACUGUAAAAUUCAUAGUUGAUUGCACACAAUUGCUAAUGGCAAAUUAUGAUGACAAUAUUUGUCAUAUGAUAGGAAUCAAAAUCAAAACAUCAAUUUGUGGAGCUCUGUAUAGAAAGAUGACUAAACUUUCGAACAAAGCCAAGAAAGAUUGCACUGUUGGCGAAAUGGUUAACCUGAUGUCUGAUGAUGCUCAAAGGGUUAUACAUGCUCUCUUUCAAUUACACUUCUUGUGGAUAGGACCUCUACAGGCAUGCGUGGCUCUAUACUUCCUAUACCAAGAGUUGAAGUUUGCUGCAGUCCUUGGAUUUAGCCUCUUUUUUAUUUUCAUUCCUUUGAAUGUAUUCAUAGCAAAGAAACAUCAUAAGAUCAAUAAAGAGGAUACCGACAUCAAGGAUAAAAGAAUGAAGGUUUUAAAUGAAGUCUUCAAUGGAAUGAAGGUAUUAAAACUGUAUGCAUGGGAACCCUCAUUUGAAGACAAAAUUGACUCCAUUCGAUUCCAAGAACUACGCCGGAAAAUGAAGAGAAGAUGUUUUGAUGCAGUCUCAUCUUUUAUUUGGGGCAUAUCAGAUUUUUUGGUUACUUUUGUCAUCUUUGCCGUGUAUUUGUGGUUAGAUGACAGCAACGUUAUGACAACAAAGAAGAUCUUUUAUACCAUAUCACUACUCGGAAUUCUCCGUGGACCAAUUCUACAUAUGCCACACGUGAUCACUGCGCUUGUUGAGACAUCAGUCGCUCUUAAGAGAAUUCAAAAGUUUCUGAAUCAUGAAGAAAUAGAUGAAUCUGCAAUUCAACAUGAUGGAAAAGAAGGAAUGUCCAUACAAAUGAAAAAUGCAUCGUUUGCUUGGAAUCGACAGAAAACCCCAAAUUUGAAAAAUAUAAACAUUGAUAUCCCUGACGGAGGACUAGUAGCUAUAGUUGGAGCAGUGGGUGCUGGAAAGUCUUCGCUUUUAUCGGCAGCAAUUGGAGAAAUGGAAAAGAUUUCUGGGGAAGUUUGUGUGAAUGGUUCUAUUGCCUAUGUAACGCAACAAGCAUGGAUUCAAAAUAAUUCACUGAAAGAAAACCUUCUAUUCGGUAAAGAAAUGAAUGGAAAAAACUAUAAUAAAGCAAUCGAUGCAUGUGCUCUACGAACUGAUCUUGACAUUCUUCCAGGAGGAGAUGAAACUGAAAUAGGAGAAAAAGGAAUCAAUUUGAGCGGAGGUCAAAAGCAAAGGGUCAGUCUAGCGCGUGCAGUUUAUCAGGACGCAGACAUCUACCUGUUAGAUGACCCACUCAGUGCUGUGGAUGCACAUGUAGGAAGACAUAUCUUUGAAAAAGUUAUUGGCAAUCGAGGACUUCUGAGAAAUAAGACACGUGUCCUUGUAACACACGCCAUAAGCUUUCUACCAAAUGUGGACAAGAUCAUAAAUAUAGUAAAUGGAGAAGUAUCAGAAGUUGGGACCUACAAUGAGUUAAUGGAACAAAAUGGUGCGUUCGCAGAGUUUGUACGUAACCAUGCGCUAGAAGAAUCUGCGUCUGAUGAAGAAGAACAAAGUGAUGAAAGACCCAAGGUACCAAUGCGACAGCUAUCAACCAUUGACCAGUCUGAUAAAGGAGAUCAGGAAAGAACAGAGAGCAAAUGUAAAGAUUCCAAAUUCAUAGAAGAAGAAGCAAUAGAAACGGGACAGGUGAAAUGGUCUGUUUACACCAGUUAUUUGAAGGUCGCUGGACGUUUCCUUCUGGUUCUGUUCUUCUUGUGUCUAGCAGAGAACAUUACAGACCAUUAUAAUCAGUACUGGUUGAGCGAAUGGAGCAGUGAAAACACAGAUAACUGCACUGCAGUAAACAUGUCUUCAAGUACACAACACUCGAGAGAAAGAUACAGACUUACAGUAUUUGGAUUAAUUGGAAUGAUCAAAACUAUUUUUGAUGUUCUCGGACAACUCUCUAUUACUUACAUCGCUAUAACGUCUGCAAGAAAGUUUCACCAGAAUGCCCUGUCCAGUGUUAUGAGAGCACCCUUGAGCUUCUUCGAUACAACGCCGAUUGGCAGGAUCAUCAAUCGUUUUUCGAAGGACAUGGAAACUUUAGAUUGGUCUCUUCCCUGGAUAACAAAGUCUUUCUUAGAGAGUGUUCCUCACCUGUUGUCCACUCUUGCUAUCAUUACAUUGGGAACGCCUAAAAUAAUGUACUUCGUGAUUCCAUUGUGCUUCGUUUAUUUUUUCAUACAGAGACUCUUCAGCGCCACUGCAACACAGACCAGAAGGAUCUGCAGUGCCCUUAGAUCACCUCAGUACUCUCAUUUCAGCGAAUCCAUCAAUGGUGUCACAACACUUCGUGCUUUCAACAAAACUCAGUUGUUCACCAAUGAGUCUGAUCGUCGGCAAGACGCGUACAAUAAGGCUGAAGUAACAAAUACCAUGUGUUACAGAUGGUUAGGUAUUCGUUUGCAGUUUAUCGGAAAUCUUUUGGUUUUCAUUGCUUGCACCAUGGCUGUUUAUAGAAGGGACGUGUUAUCAAGUGGGAUGAUAGCCCUUGUAAUGACAUAUGCUGGGCAUAUAACAGGAAUACUCCACUGGAUUGUUCACAUUUUUACUGAAAUGGAUACUAGAAUUGUGUCGGUUGAAAGGAUCCAGGAAUACAUGGACACAAAACCUGAAGCGGAAUGGCGUAUUAAAGAUACAAAACCUGCCCCUGAAUGGCCCCAAAAAGGCCAUGUCAAAUUUUCAAAUUUUGGUCUGAGAUACCGUGAGGGUUUGGACCUGGUUUUGAAAGAAAUAGACUGUGAAAUAAUGCCAGGAGAAAAAAUUGGAAUCGUUGGGAGAACAGGCGCAGGAAAAUCGUCUUUAACUCUUGGAUUAUUCAGAAUCAUUGAAAAGGCUGAAGGCAGUAUAACAAUUGAUGAUGUCGAUAUAUCCACCAUUGGUCUUCAUGACCUUCGAUCAAAACUAACUAUUAUUCCUCAAGAUCCCAUUUUAUUUUCUGGUACAAUACGGAUGAAUUUGGAUCCAUUUGAGUCUUAUACUGAUGAUGAAUUAUGGGUAGCUCUGGAGCACGCCCAUCUUAAAAAGUAUGUGGAAUCUCUAGAUGAUGGCCUUCAACAUGAAUGUAGUGAGGGAGGUGAAAAUUUGAGUGUUGGACAAAGACAAUUGGUUUGUCUUGCCCGUGCAUUAUUAAGGAAAACCAAGGUGCUAGUAUUAGACGAAGCCACAGCAGCAGUUGACCUGGACACGGAUAACCUUAUACAGAAAACCAUAAGACAGGAGUUCUCAGAUUGCACAAUUCUCACCAUAGCACACAGACUCAAUACCAUCAUGGAUUACUCAAAAAUUAUGGUGUUGGACAAAGGACAGAUAAAAGAAUUUGAAAGUCCCGAAACAUUACUGAAAGACGAGGACAGUACAUUUUUCAAAAUGGCGAAAGAUGCUAAUCUCGUGUAG